AGAUCUCCCCGCCGGUGUCCCCGCCCCCUGCACGGCACGAUGGUCGCGCAAGAAUGUGAUCCGGUCCCGCCGGCCGCCAUUUUCUUUCUUUCUUAGCAGCGCGCUGGGAGAGGGAGCUCCGGGACGCGCGGCAGCGGCCUCCGCAGCUGGGCCAUGGCAGACUACUCGACGGUCCCCCCUCCGGCUUCGGGCUCGGGCGGCGGCGGCGGCGGCGUUAAUGACGCCUUUAAGGACGCGCUGCAGCGAGCGCGGCAGAUUGCAGCUAAAAUUGGAGGUGAUGCAGGCACAUCACUGAAUUCAAAUGACUAUGGUUAUGGGGGACAGAAAAGGCCUUUGGAAGAUGGAGAUGGCUCUUGGACAAGUCCGAGCAGUACAACACACUGGGAGGGAAUGCCCUCUCCUUUUAAAGAUCAGCCAGAUGCUAAGAAGGUUGCUCCACAGAAUGAUGCCUUUGGAACCCAGUUACCGCCAAUGCAUCAGCAACAAAGGUCGGUAAUGACAGAAGAAUACAAAGUUCCAGAUGGAAUGGUUGGAUUCAUAAUUGGCAGAGGAGGUGAACAGAUCUCACGCAUACAACAGGAGUCUGGAUGCAAAAUACAGAUUGCUCCUGACAGUGGCGGCCUGCCUGAGAGGUCUUGUAUGUUAACUGGGACGCCCGAAUCUGUUCAGUCAGCCAAGCGGCUACUGGACCAGAUCGUUGAAAAGGGAAGGCCAGCCCCUGGCUUUCAUCAUGGGGAUGGACCAGGCAAUGCCGUUCAAGAAAUCAUGAUCCCAGCCAGCAAAGCUGGCUUAGUUAUUGGAAAAGGCGGAGAGACUAUUAAACAGCUUCAGGAGCGAGCUGGUGUUAAAAUGGUGAUGAUUCAAGAUGGCCCCCAAAACACUGGUGCUGACAAGCCUCUGAGGAUCACAGGUGACCCUUACAAAGUCCAACAAGCCAAGGAGAUGGUCUUGGAGUUAAUCCGUGACCAAGGUGGUUUCAGAGAGGUGCGCAAUGAAUAUGGGUCAAGAAUAGGAGGCAAUGAAGGCAUAGAUGUCCCUAUACCAAGAUUUGCUGUGGGAAUUGUGAUCGGCAGAAAUGGUGAGAUGAUCAAAAAGAUUCAGAAUGAUGCUGGUGUUCGGAUCCAGUUCAAGCCAGAUGAUGGAACAACACCUGAUCGAAUAGCACAGAUCACAGGCCCCCCAGACAGAUGCCAGCACGCUGCAGAGAUUAUCACCGACCUCCUUCGAAGCGUUCAGGCUGGUAACCCUGGCGGACCAGGACCAGGUGGUCGGGGAAGAGGCAGAGGCCAAGGAAGCUGGAGCAUGGGCCCCCCUGGUGGGCUGCAGGAAUUUAACUUUAUCGUGCCAACUGGGAAAACUGGAUUAAUCAUAGGAAAAGGUGGAGAAACUAUCAAAAGCAUAAGCCAGCAGUCUGGUGCUAGAAUAGAACUUCAGAGAAACCCUCCGCCAAAUGCAGACCCUAACAUGAAGCUAUUUACAAUCCGGGGAACUCCACAACAGAUCGAUUAUGCGAGGCAGCUCAUAGAGGAGAAGAUUGGUGGUCCUGUGAAUCCCUUAGGUCCACCCGUUCCCCAUGGGCCUCAUGGUGUUCCAGGCCCCCAUGGGCCUCCAGGGCCUCCAGGGCCUGGCAAUCCAAUGGGGCCCUACAAUCCUGCACCUUAUAAUCCAGGACCGCCAGGCCCUGCUCCUCACGGUCCUCCAGCUCCGUAUGCACCCCAAGGGUGGGGAAAUGCCUAUCCUCACUGGCAGCAGCAGAACCCGCCUGACCCAGCAAAAACAGGUACAGAUCCAAAUUCUGCAGCUUGGGCUGCCUAUUAUGCUCAUUAUUAUCAGCAGCAAGCCCAGCCACCCCCUGCAGCUCCAACAGGUGCACCAGCUACAACUCAGACUAAUGGACAAGGAGAUCAACAAAAUCCAGCUCCAACUGGACAGGUUGAUUAUACCAAGGCCUGGGAAGAGUACUACAAGAAAAUGGGUCAACAAGGGCAGACACAGGAUUAUUCAAAGGCUUGGGAGGAAUAUUACAAGAAGCAAGGUCAAGCUGUUCCUGCUCCCACUGGGGCCCCUCCAGGAGGCCAGCCCGAUUACAGCGCAGCCUGGGCGGAAUACUACCGACAGCAGGCGGCAUACUAUGCGCAGACCAGCCCCCAAGGGAUGCCGCAGCACCCACCAGCCCCACAGGGCCAAUAAUAAGAAGUGGACAAUACAGUAUUUGCUUCAUUGUGUGGGGGAAAAAAACCUUUGUUAAAUGUAUGGAUGCAGACGCCUUGAUGAAGAUCUUAAUUUUGUUUUUGGUUUAAAAAAAUAGUGUUUUUUGAAAAUGUACAAAAUAUCUAUCACUACUGAUAGGAGGUAAUAUUUCUGUGUAGAAAUGAACAUUGGUUUGUUUUUAGUGUCUUAGUGUAGAUGUACACAUUCCAGCAAAUGUAUUUGCAACUAUUAUGUGGUCAAUGCUUUGUGAUAUAAAUGUACUUUUUCAAUGUAUACUUUCACUUUUAAAAUGCCUGUUUUGUGCUUUACAAUAAAUAAUAUGAAACCUCCUGUGUCGGUAAGUUGGAUAUGUGGGUAUUUCAAGGAAUCCGAAUUGCUUAGCAGUGAUGGAUUAAGAUACAGGUACACAAAGAGAAGCUAUCCCCAUGAAACCUUAAUAGAGCUUUGAAACUGAAGUCAUUGGCAUGUUCUUUUUUCCCCCUUUGCAGUUUAGUGGUAGUUGGAGGAGCUUCCCCACUUGGUCUAGGUGACUGUUGAGCACAAAUAAUCUGGAGAUGUCGGUUUUCCUUCUGUUGGACUCUAAGAAUUAAUCGCAUGUGUAGGAUGACCUAAUUUAACCCAUGACAUGACCGCUGUUUCAGGCCUGGGCCGCUGCUAUAAACCACAGUUAACCUUCUGUUCUUAAUCUGAUAAUUACCUGAUUACCAAGACUGUUGGAGCAUAAAUGAUUUUCAACAUUUUUCAGAGAGCAAAUAUGAUCUCUAGCGUUUUUCUUUGUAAAGCCUGUCUUCUGAGGAUGCCUUUUAGGGAGCAUAACUGCUUCUGUCACUGAAACCCGAGGUUAGAGCCAUUUUUUGGAAGUAUGGAUAAGCUUUGUUUGGUAAAUGCACAAGUCCAGUCAUUGAACCAACUAAUUUUUUGAUGUGCUUGAAUCCUUUUCUUACUCUUUAACAUUUGUGCUGCAGUUCUGAUAUUUGGUUGAAAUCCAUUGUUUUGCUCUUUGCAUAUUUGUUGGCUCUUUGCAUAUGAAUCUAUUAGACAACAUGCAAAUACAGUCUGUCUUGCCAUUGUCUGUUGAAGCGCAGGUUUGAACCAUCCAGUAUAGGACUAGCUCUGUAGGGGUGAGGAGGCCUGGGCUGUCUGUCUGUCAUCCUUGAUUGUGUUCCUUCAAGGAGCAUGGCACUGUAAGUACAUCAGAAUGACAAAUGGCUGUCAAAUGUUCCACAUAAUGCAAAUGCCGUACCUUGUGUGACUAUUAUGUUGGAAUACAGUGCUGAGAGCUUGGGGAAUCCUCACUGCCACUUCAUUGAAAGCAGACGACAUAGGCUGUCUAUCUAUGUCAAUAUCUAUCUCUCUGAUUUUUUUUAAUGUGAGCUUAAUGGGUAAGUAUUUAUGAAAUGCUUAGCUAUAGCUAAACAGAGCUAAUCUUUACAAAAUGAAUAGAGUAUUUUCCUCUGGUGCUCCUGAGGUUAAAAAUAAGAUUGUUUUUCAGUUUGAAGAAUGCAUAUCUUAUAUUUUAAACUCAAAGAUUUGGAAACUAUUGUCAGACAGAAAUUUUCCGUUUGUUUGCAAAUGAUAAGCAAUGUGGAUGCGACUUUGACACCAGCCCUUCCCUGGGGAGGGAGGCCCGUUUGUGGUUGAGCAUAUUUUAAAGGGCAGGAUGUAGGGACAUCAGUCCGAGGCUACUCCUCGUUCCAUUGGGGUUGUCAGAUGAGCGGUGAUUGCCCUCCCACCUACCAGACCAGACCAGACCAGACCAGGAAGACAGGCAGACGGACAGUCAUAGUUGAGAUCCCUGCCCCCAGUUAGGGAGCUCGUGGCUGCAGAGAGAGGUCAUGAACCCUGUCUGCUAGCGAGAGCGAGGUGGCGGUGCAUUGGUUAAUCAGUCCAGUUGGAUUCCCUGUCCUAAGUCACAAAAUGGAGGCUGUUGAUUUUGAUUCAUAUAAGGUUUAAAAUCGUUCUUAAUUGCAAACAGUGCAAUUAUUUAUACUUCACAGUGCCUUCCCAGACCUUCCACCUUAGGUUCUGCUCCAAAAAGCAACAGGUAAGCACAACCUAAGGAAAUAUAUAAAUAAAUAUUGCAGUACAUUAAUGUUGUCCCUGUGAGAUUUUUGUGGUUGUGUAUUCAAAAGCAAUCUGCUGCUGCUUUCCCACGAUGUAUUCUGUUAUCCAUGGUUCCAUUUCAGUGGAAAAGUCUGUAAGUUGUUCAAACAGCUGUUGACAUUUCUGGGUAAAUGUUUUUUUGGGGGGGGGGUGUUUUGUUUUUUUGGUUUCUUUUUUUGUUUUGUUUUUAAUUUUAACUUUAAGAUGAGUGGAUUGCUGCAAUAAUUGAAUUAUAGCCAAAUCAUUUCAUUAACUUUUUCCUUGAAUAUAGCAGAUUGUUACAAUUAAGAGAGCACAGUUAAAUUUUUCAAGAUGCAGGAAGUAUUUGGUCAUAAACUUUCAACAGCCUUCACAUAUGUUUAUAAUGAUUGACAGGACAUUUUCCCUGCCUUCCAAAGUUAAAUAUUGGUCUUUUGUUUCUUACUAUUAAAGCUUAAUAAUUCAGUAAAAGGUUAUAAUGGGUCAGAAUUUUAGUAUGAUUUUAGAUCAUUUAGUUGCCAUAAUUAUACACUGAGAAAAUGAUAUUUCAUUUAUAUGAUAGUGGCAGUGUGUUGUUUUUAAAUAGUAGGCAUAUAUAUGCAUCAUUGAAAUGUUAACUGUAUAUAGCAAAUAUCCUUUCAUAAUCUGUAUAGAAAUCAGUAAUUUUCUUAUCUAUAAAACUUUGAUGCUGCAUUUUUUUAAAUUAUUUUGUUUUGAUUUUUGUUUUCAUUGUUUUGGUUUGGGGUUUUUUUUUUUUCUUGCCAGUUUAAAAUGUAUGUGUGUUUUUAUAGAUGAUUUUUAACUGGUACAAAGUCUGUGGGUUUUUUAUUUAUUUAUUUUUGUUUGGGUGUUUUUGGCUUUUAGUUAAGUUGAAAGUAGAAAAGCAGCAUCCUAUCAGUUUUGUUUCUUCAUUUUCUAAAAUGUGCUGAUCCUUUUGAAAAGUCCUGCUUCUCUCUCCAUAUUCAAAAGUACUACCUUCAUGUUCACACACAGUGCUGAAGAUCCGCGAGUACCCAACCCUAGCUCAUAGACAAGGGCCCUGAGGUAGUUACUGCCCCAGAGAGCAAGGAGCCCUUGGGCUGUAGGCCAUUGGCGAGCCGAUGAGCAUGGACCAUAGAAGGGCUCGAGGUAGAAGGUAAAAUGGGCAAAAACACGUAUUCCCAGACAGAAUGGAUCCACUUUGAUUUGCUAUUAUUCACUUGCUCAUAAAUGUUCUAUGAACUGUUAAAGUUUCUUGAAUUAUGUAGCUACUGCACCACCUUCUGUUUCCAUUUGUUCUUUCUAUAAACAGCCAAGGUCAGGUGUGUUUAGUUUUAUAAUAUAAGGAUUUCUUUUAAAUGUGUGAGUCCUCACAUUUUGCAGAGUUUCAGCUUGAAAUUUUAUAGAAGAAAAUAGACCUGAAUGUUGAUAGUUAUGCUCUUAGACAAUGUAUUGUAGGGACAUUGUUUCUGUCUCUUGAGAACUUUUUAAAAAUUCAUGACCAUAAGCCUUCACUGCUCCUACCAGCCAGCAUUUUUUAACGGUGAAAUAAAUGGAAAGCAGAAAAGGUGAGCCAGCCCAUUUGACUGCAGUUUGAGGAUAGGAUGCUUAACCUGGAGUUGGAAUCUUUGUAGCACUUACCCCAAAUGUACAGGGAAUCUGUUUAUUUUUCCUCUUAGGUUACUGAGUGUAGCAGUACUUUGGUAUUUCUUUUAGAAAUGAGAAGAUAAGUAAAUUUUAUUUUUCAAUGAAAUUUAUAUUUAGAAAUUAUAAACAUCAUGAAAUUAUUAACUCAAAUAAGGUUUUUUUGAUGGUUAAAAUAUGAAGGAACAUGGUGGGCAUUAACUCAGAAAGACCAUAGAAAAAUAAGCAGAAGUCUUGUAGAAUCAUUGCUAACGUUUCAUCUCUUUGGCAAGGUUGCCAAAAGAAAUUGUCACCAAGACAAAAAGAGUAAUGUAGAGUUCUAAUAGGUUAUUUCAUUAUUAUUUGCUGCCAAUUCUCGUUUUAAUAUGCCUUUUUUUAAAUAUCCUCCUCAUUGAGAACUUCAUUAGGUGCUUUAAAAAGCACUUGCUUUUGUAUUGUUAGUUUUCUUUCCACACUAUAAUUGUUCUGGGGGAGGGGGGAUUAGGGGUGGGGAUUAGGAUUUAUAAAUCAGCUUUCAAAAGGAAAUCAGUUUUUAAGAUUUUAUAUUCUUUAGUUAUCCCUAUGAAGGUCUUAUGUAUUUCCGCAUAUAUAUAUAUAUAUAUUUUUCUUAUGCAUGCUCAAUGCAUUUUCGUCCUGAGAAAGUGUUCUCUACAGAAACUACCCGUGUGUUUAAAGAAGAUUGGCUUUAAAAGGCUACUGUGAUGGGAACAGUGUCUUAGGGAGAUGCAGCUUGGACUUGAGGUAAAUUGAAUGCUUUACAAAAUGUGGUUUAGAGCUUGCUAUAAUGACAUUUGUAUGUAAAAAGGGCACACCGUUACUGGAAUUUUGUAUCAUUUAUGGUUUUCUCAAUAAAUGUAACUGAAUGGA